AUAAGGAGCAAGGUCACUGUCUGGUAGCCUGACUGCUCUUAUCAUUACCGGUUGUUCAGCAAGGGUCUUUGGCGAAGGACAUGCCCAGGUGUCUGGAGAAGGGCUGGCCAGUGGACACCUCGAAGACAACAGCCUUCUUCAGCCUCUGCUACCACCUGCUGCUCGUUCCUAGACUAUGGGCAGACAGAGUGUUCCCUCGGGAUGAUGCCUCUUUUUACUAUGGGACCUUCCCUCCUGGCUUCUCAUGGGGUGCUGGAAGCUCAGCCUACCAGACCGAAGGGGCCUGGGACCAAGAUGGGAAAGGCCCAAGCAUAUGGGACACCUUUACUCAUCGCCAAAAGGGGAGGGUUUUCAUGAACCAGACGGCUGAUUCAUCUUGUGAAAGCUACUACAAAACCCAAGAUGAUAUCAAAUUACUGAAAGAGCUGAAUGUUAGUCACUAUCGAAUUUCUAUAUCCUGGCCUCGGUUGAUACCCACAGGGGUCAAAGCAGACUAUGUGAACAGCAAGGGCAUCAAGUUCUACAGUGAUUUCAUUGACACUCUUUUGGAAAAUGGCAUCACACCUAUUGUGACCCUCUACCACUGGGAUCUUCCACAGAUGCUUCAGGUCAAAUUUGGAGGUUGGCAGAAUGUAAGCAUGGUCACCUACUUCAAUGAUUAUGCCAAUCUAUGCUUUGAAAAGUUUGGGGACCAGGUAAAGCAUUGGAUAACUUUCAGUGAUCCUUGGUCAGUUGCAAAGGAAGGCUAUGAGACAGGACGACAUGCACCUGGACUGAAGCUCAGAGGUACUGGGGCAUACACAGCAGCGCACCAUAUCAUUAAGUCCCAUGCAAAGGUCUGGCACUCUUACGACAAAACCUGGCGCAAAAAACAGCAAGGACUGGUGGGUAUUUCAUUAACCUGCAACUGGGGGGAGCCCGUGGACAUUACCAACCCAAAGGACAUCGAGGCUGCUGAAAGAUACAUGCAGUUCUGUUUAGGCUGGUUUGCAAACCCCAUUUAUGCAGGAGACUACCCCCAAGUUAUGAAGGACUACAUUGGCAGAAAGAGUACAGAACAAGGCCUGGUGAUGUCAAGGUUACCAGUGUUCUCAAUCCAUGAAAAAAAUGACAUUAAAGGCACAUUUGACUUCUUGGGAUUAGGUCACUUUACUACUCGAUACAUCACAGAAAAGAAGCAUCCUUCCCGUCAAGGGCCCAGCUAUCAAAACGAUCGUGAUACAGCAGAAUUAGUUGACCCAAACUGGUCAGAUUUAGGCUCUAAUUGGCCACAUUUGGUGCCAUGGGGAUUUAGGAGGCUCCUCAACUUUGUUCAGACACAAUAUGGCAAUCCUCUCAUUUAUGUGACAGAAAAUGGUGUGUCUGAAAAGCUAAAUCAUAUUCAGUUGUGUGAUGAGUGGAGAAUACACUACCUCAAAGGAUACAUUAAUGAAAUGCUAAAAGCUAUAAAAGAUGGUGUUAAUGUAAAAGGAUAUACUUCCUGGUCUCUGCUUGAUAAGUUUGAAUGGGAAAAUGGAUACUCACACAGAUAUGGACUCUUUUAUGUUGAAUUUAACAACAGGAAUAAACCUCGAUAUCCUAAGGCUUCAGUUCAAUACUAUAAAAAUAUCAUCAGUGCAAAUGGAUUUCCUAAUCCAAUAGAGGUGGAGAGAUGGUACAGCAUAGCCACUGAAACCUGUUCCACCAACCAGAUCCUUGCUGCAGAGCCCUUGUUACAUCACAUGCAAAUGGUUACAGAGAUUGUGGUGCCUACAGUCUGCACACUAUGCAUACUUAUAAGUGCAGUUCUACUGAUGUUCCUUCUUCGGAGGCAAAGCUAAG